AUGUCUUCUCUUGGCAGCACCGAUCUUGCCGGCCUGACUACAGACGACAAGAACUUGUACCUUUUCUAUCAAAGGUCUGGCUACAUUGUCGAAGCCUUUUCCGAGGAAGGUGGCCCUCCCACGCAGACAUCUGUGCAAGUCGCCGCAGACGCGCAGAGUGGUGGUUCCCCUUUGACUGCCUACUAUGUCAAAGAGGAUAUGAACUACGACAAGCAUUCCACGAUCCACAUGAUCUAUCUCAACAAAGAAGGCCACUUGAUUGAAAAGGUCAGAAGGGUCUCCUCGGACAAGUGGGAAGACGCUCCCAAGCCACCAGGCCAUGCCGCAGAAAACUCGCGCAUCACCAGUGGUGUGUCCCAGAAGGGCUUCGAACGGGAAAGCUCUCAUGGAACCCAGGUGGUAUUCUUCGUUAGCCGAGAGGAGCAUGGGAAGUCGCCCAUUACUGAACUUCGCCGGGACAACAAGGGUAACUUCCACCUGGAACACGUGCUUUCGGACGAGCCUCUCUCCCUUCCUGGAACGCAUCUCGCAUGUAUUGUCACUCGGGAGAAUGUGGACCUGUAUCACCAAGACCAUGACAAGAAUAUCAAGUGGUGGAGAUAUGAGGCCGAACGCAAGCGCUGGGAAAGUAAGUUGGCACCUCCCGAAGCCCAUUUGCUUCUAGCAAGGCUGAUCUUCUGUCCCUUAUUCUAG